GUUUCGUUAUCCUCCCCCCUAUUUGCUUAGUCCUGUCGUCGAGAAACCAAAGCCUGCUGGAGAGGCAAAGGCAUGGGACAUAACCACAACAAGCUCCCUCGGUAGAACAAUUUCCUCAACAUCAACCGCGACCUCGUCUGAUCCUCGAAGCCCUCAAACUCCAAACUAUCCAAUGGAUGCGACACGCGGCUCCAUCUCGAGCAACUCGACCCAAAGCACCAAAGACGGCAUCGCCUCCCUCUCGGAACCGUUUGUACUGCGCCAUGGACGGCGGUGCCUGCGAAACGUGAAGAACUACCCGCUCCCUUGCGACCUCCCCGAACUUCAACGACAAAACUUAUCCACCCUCCUUGCGGCGUCCAUACUCGGCCAACCACUGGGCUCCACUGUAGACCCUGCGAACCCUCCCAAGAAGAUACUUGAGAUUGCAUGUGGAAGCGGAUACUGGUCGUCUAUAUGCCAUGACUACUUGAGCGGGUUGGGAUACGACAACGUCUCCUUUACAGGUCUUGACAUAGUCCCUCUGGCUGGCGACUUGCAACGACAGGGACUGGAUUGGAAAUUCGUGCAACACGACCUGCGGAAUCCGCCCCUGCCGUUCAGUGAUGGCGAAUUCGAUAUUGUCAUGUUGAGAGACCUGAGUGUCGUCAUCCCCCUCGAGGAAUCACAAACAAUCAUCGACGAGUCAACGCGCGUGUUGAGGUCUGGAGGCACGCUGGAAGUGUGGGACUCCGACCACACGAUCCGCUCUAUUCUUCCGCACCCACCGCCUCCCCCCGGCAGGAAUCAGCAAGACUAUGCGCGCGCGCUCGCGACAGGCACAUUUCUCAUCUCCCCCAGCACACCCUUCACCAAAGUCCAGAACAAAUACCUCCAAGACACGAAUAAUUGGAUUGCAGAGGCGCUAGACCGCUGCAAGUUGCUUUCCACUCCAUGCACGCGUAUAUCGGGCAUCUUGGUACAGGAAACCGAAGCCCUAUGCGACGUAACGAACCGGCGAGUAGCGAUUCCGCUCGGCGAACUGCGCUGGGAGCGCGAAGCCGCAGCCGAGCGCAACCACCCCGGGAAACGACGCGACAGCGAAACGACGAUGCUGAAAAAGGGAUGCGCAGCGUCUGACAACUCUGCGCUGACGGAGGAGCAGCGCGCAUUGCGAUACACGGCCUUGCUCCUCGUCAUACAGCUGAUUGAAAGCCUCGAGCCGCGGCUCAAAGAAGUCAGUGGCAAGAACCAGGAGGAAUGGCGCGUCUGGUGGGGCUACAUGAUGGCCGAUCUGCUGGAGCAAAAGGGCGCGUCGAGCGGCGAGUGCCUCGAGAUUGGCGUCUGGUGGUGCAAGAGGGUGUAGGGGGUUUUUUCUUUUCUUUACACGUGCCGUUUACCUUUCUUCUUUUCUUUUUCUUUUUUCUUCUUCUUCCCCUUUCCUUGCCAAUUUCCGUGAUAUCCGGCUUCCAUCAACAGCCAUCAUCUUCUCCUUCUACCGUACUUGUAUCGUACCUAUAUCGUACUCAUCUUACUCCCCACAACACGACACUUCACGCCACGCCGCGCAAUCUACGCAAUCUUAUCAUACCGCUGGCGCAACGUGCGGUACCUCUUGAGGUAAUACCUACCCUUCUAUUAGCCAAAAAAUAAAAAUAAAAACAACUCACAUCAAGCCAAAUCAAACCACACCCCAUCCAUCGCCUCCCCCUCCCUCAAAAAAAAAGCCAUAGCCCAAGAAACGCGCCA